AUGAUUGAUAGCACGCAGCAUCUGACCAAUCAGCAGUCAGAUGCGCUGACAGGCAGUUGGAUGCAGGUGGAGCGAUUUCCUCAAAACAAGAGGAGGCUCAUGCUUCACCUGAAGCGGACCAUAACCUUCCCCCUCACCGACCACAGGAGCAACCAGUGGCGGUACCGAGGUCGCUGUGACAGCAUCCAGUUUGCUGUGGACAGACGAGUCUUCAUCGCUGGCUUCGGCCUGUACGGCUCCAGCUGCGAUGGCUCCAGCAGCACCUUCCCUGUGUGGUUCGACUACCCCGUGCAGAUCGAGCCAGACACCUUCUACACCGCCAGCGUGGUGCUGGAUGGCAACGAGCUCAGCUACUUUGGCCAGGAGGGCAUGACAGAGGUGCAGUGUGGGAAAGUGACCUUCCAGUUCCAGUGCUCCUCGGACAGCACCAACGGCACCGGAGUGCAGGGGGGAGAUUUAGACUUUUACUCUGAAAGUGUGGAGACGAGUUCUCAGGAAGCUGUUUUAGGAGGGAGGGACUCCUGGACGUGCUGUUGAGCCUUUGAGAGACAGAUGAAGUGACAACUGAAGAAGACUGAAUCCUUACAUUCCUUCACACCUCUGUUGUUGUUUGGUUUCACAGCAGCUGUUGUUGAGUUUCAGGUUCUGUGUGUUGAUGGUAGAUCAAGAGUUAAAUUCCUUUCAAAAUAAACCUUUAACAUCUCUGUGGAGACAAGCAUAUUGGAUCAUUAGGAGUGGGUGAUACUGUAAUAUUACACAUAACUAUAAAUUAUAAUGCAUAGAAUACUUAGACAGAACAAAGUGCUGCACUGAAGUACAAUAGAAGUAUCUGAUAUUAAGUUAUAUGUACAUCAUCUAUGCAUAUAUUCCAGUUCAGCCACAGUGCAGCCCUGAGCCUCGACUUACAACAUUGUCCAUAAAGUCUUAACGCACCCACAGAUGUUAAAGAGAGUGUUGCCAUGUAACAACAGUGUAGUCAGAUCUCAGACAGUGAACCACACAGAGAGCAGCCAUGACAUGUCUCUGAAUAAUUACAAACACAUUUUUAUGAUCACUUUUAUUCUAUAUUAAUCUCUUUUGUUGUUUUUUUUUUGUUUUGUUUAUCAUUAAGAGUUGAGAAGCCAACAGCCAGCAGUCCAAAACCUAAACAUUCAAAUUACUGACUUCAGUGGUUAAUUAACUGAUCAUGUGAGCAACAAAGAUAAAGUGGACGAGGCAGUUUCAGAGCACAUUUUAUUACAGCUAAACUCACCAACAGUACCAAAAUACACAAUAGUUAAUUGGUUGAUGGAAUUAAUUAAAUCAAUGAAAUUAAUUAAAUUCAACACACAAUUAACACUUGACUGUUUCCAUGUUCUGCCAUUGACUUCAGGAGACACUCGGAUGUUUCACGCUGCACAAUGUGAUGCUGACUCAGCUGAAUUCGCCACUUUGUCACGUUCACACUUUGGUUUAAUUUUGAAGAUUUUAAAACAUUCCUGCAUUUAGUGAAGGAUUUAAUGAAGCACUACUUUCAUUCUGUAACAUGUGCAGGUGUUUUAUAUUUGUAACUUGACAAAUCACACUCCUGUCUCUUAUCGCAUUUUUUAUACACUAUUUCAGACAUACUGUAACCUUCCGAAGGUGCUAUGUGCUGUUUCUGCCUCCUGGAGUUCUCUGUUGAAAUGUGGCAAUUUAAAGCAGCUUUUUGACCAGAAACCAUCUGAAGUUCUACCUGUCCAAUCUGCAGUGUAACAGAUUAGCUGAAAGAGUUGUAACUGCAGAUGUAGACCUGUGUGUGUUGUAUUUACAGGACAGUGUUCCUCCAACAUCAGUCUAACAGAUAAAAGUCUCGACAUCAUGUUUGUACCAAAUCCUGAUUUAUUGUUACGUUGAUGUUGCAGUGGGUAAAUAUAUCAGUAAUUGUGUCCUGACGCACUUAUUCACCUACUCUUUGUAAAUGGAGGUAAAAUGGUUUUAUAUGAAUCCCUAUUGAAGAAACAUAUUUUUGGAUGUCUUUGUUUCCAGUUAUGUGAUUCCAACCAGAAUGUACAGUGAGUUGGUGGCCUUAUGAAUGUGUUGCUGUGACUAAUUUGGAAAUUAAAGGUUUGGUCAGUUUG